AUGGCCGCAAGUGACAAUGCAGUGCCCUCGGCCCUGAGCGGCAAAGCCGAGCGACGCUCUCCUCCCGCGGCGUCACAAUCGAAGCGAGACAGAAAGAGACAGGCUCUCAUGGAGCGUCUUUCCAGCAUGACGGAUACGUUCCAGCGCGAACAGGACAUGACGUACCGCGAUCAGCUGCAAAAGAUCCAGUACGAGAUCGGCCUCGUGCAGCGAUUCGACCCGUACGACACAAACGCUCUCGAGGUUGCCGCCGAGCUUCGAAGAGAGCAUAGGCAGACUCAGGGCCCCCCGGUCCAUGCCGAGUCUGCUCGCAGCCUCAUGGACAUGGCCGGCAUCAAGUUUCCCAAGUUUAUGGACGAAAUUGAGGACCUGAUUGAGAUUCGUGAUUUUCAAUUGACACAGUCAAAGAACGAAUAUGAGCGAAAAGUACAAGAGUACAAGAAUACCCACGCCUACAAGGUCGAGACGGCCCGCCGCGAGCACAUGGCUCUGACCAGCACCCUGCGCGACCGACUCAUCAACACGCUGACACAAAAGAAGAACCGACUGAAUAGGGAAAAGGAAGUGCUGGAGAUUAACGACUCCAACGCCUUGCUCCUCAACCCCAAUCACUUUUCCCUCACAAACCCUGGCAGCCCCGGCGGAACGCACGGCAAGCGCGCAACCAGGCUCCGCAAGGACGCCGACGACCUCCAAAUGUUCGCCGACAAGAAGCGAAAGCGGAAUCCGGGAGAGGAGGACGGAUCGCCCGCCCCGAUGCGCCGUGCCCUGGAUCCCAACAGCACGACUCCCCUGUGGCAGUCGGAGAAGGCACGUGCCGUUGCCAAGCAAAACGGUCCCAUCUACAGCAUCGACAAGCUCUUCACUGAUAAAGAAUUGUCCCUGCACUACAACAGCGCGGCCCUGGCUGCUCACCAGUACAUCCUGCGCAACCGGGUCAACGGCAACGCCUCGUCCCCCGACGACAGCGACUCCGGCAACGGGGACGACAACGACGCCGACUCUGUUCCGUCGGCGCCCAUGAUGGAGCGCCAGGUCUCUCACGCCACCCGCAGCACCAGGGGCGGCGCCGGCACCAACUUUCUGGACGACAAGAUUCUGGGCGUCGAAGGCAUUGCCAACUUCGAGGUGCCGGCCAACCUGGAUCUGAUGCACGCCCAGGAGCCCCCCAAGAUGCCGCCUCACGUGCCCCAGCAGUAUCUCAAGCCGUACCCGAGGACGGCGGACCAGAACUUUCCGGUCCCGCUCUCACAGGACGACAUCAUGUCGGACCUGUCCGUCAUGGGCUUCCUCAAGCAGUACGACCACACCCACAAGCCCGGCGCCCACCUGGACGCCCCGACUGGCCUGCGCAGAAUCCUCGAAGCCGUCUCCAUCCCGUACCAGCAGGGCCGCUUCGUGGCCAUGACCAGCGCCGCGCGCGAAGACCCCGAAAACUUUCGCGACUCGCUCGGCAUCACCACCAGCAGCCUGCGAGACCAACCCAGCCCCGGCGGCCACGGCGGCUCCAGCCAAUCUGUAGCCGGAUACUCUGCGUCUGCCGUGCCGAUGAGCAGGCAGAGCAGCCUGGGCGGCGUGGCCAUGAGCCGACAGGGAACAACGGGCAGUGGCCGGGGGAAAGGUCGCCGCGGCUAA